AUGUCUGUCCAGAAGUUAAUUUCUAACAGAACCACCCAACAAUCUGCAUCUAAUUCUGACUACACCUGGGAAUAUGAGUAUUAUGAGAUUGGACCAGUUUCCUUUGAAGGACUAAAAGCAAAUAAAUAUUCCAUUGUAAUUGGAUUUUGGGUUGGUCUUGCAGUCUUCGUGAUUUUCAUGUUUUUUGUGCUGACCUUGCUGACCAAGACAGGAGCCCCACACCAAGACAACUCAGAAUCUUCUGAAAAGAGAUUUAGAAUGAACAGCUUUGUAUCAGACUUUGGAAGGCCCCUGGAACCAGAAAAGUUGUUUUCUCGCCAGGGCAACGAGGAAUCCAGGUCUCUCUUUCAUUGCUACAUCAAUGAGGUGGACCACUUAGACAGGCCCAAAAUUUGUCACCAGACUACAGCCCUCGACAGCGAUGUUCAAUUCCAAGAAGCACUCCGAAGCAGCAGCAGGCCAGAGGAGGAACUCAAUAGGCUCAUGAAGUUUGACAUUCCCAACUUCGUGAAUACGGACCAGAAUUCCUCCUUUGGGGAGGAUGAUCUUCUGAUUUCGGACCCACCCAUUGUUUUAGAAAAUAAGCCAGUUUGUCAGACUUCACACAAAGAACUGAACUGA